UCCGCUGGUUGGCAUCGCCGCGCUGGUACCGUCCCCACCCAGGCCGUAGUGCGAGUUGCAGACCUCGGACAGACUCAGACGCCGCUCGGAGCCACACGGAGCCGAUCCACGGCACAAUCAGGCGGGUCGCACCGAGCCCGAACCGCCAGGAGCCCGCUGGAUCCAGCACGGGCACUCAGGCGCACGGCCGAGCCGCUAGUUCGGGAGGGAAGCACGAUCGCCAGGGCUGGGCCCCCAGUAUUGGCUGGCGGAGAGACUGACAUCUCCAGCAUGAACAAAAUGGCGUGCUGUCUAUCCGAGGAGGCAAAGGAGCAAAAACGUAUCAACCAGGAGAUCGAAAAACAGCUGAGGAAGGACAAGAGAGACGCCAGAAGAGAACUGAAGCUGCUCCUGUUGGGUACGGGAGAGUCCGGCAAAUCUACCUUCAUCAAGCAGAUGAGAAUCAUCCACGGUGCUGGGUACUCAGACGAGGACAGACGGGGGUACACCAAGCUGGUGUACCAGAACAUCUUCAUGGCCAUGCACAGCAUGAUCCGCGCCAUGGACACCCUCAAGAUCGCCUACAAGAACAAGGAGAACGAGGAAAGGGCAGCCCUGAUCAGAUCAAUAGAACCCGAGUCGGUAUCAACGUUUGAGAAGGAGUAUGUGGAGGCCAUCCAGUCAUUAUGGGAGGACGCAGGCAUCCAGGAGUGUUACGACAGGAGGCGGGAAUAUCAGCUUACAGAUUCAGCAAAAUAAAUGGUGGAUGUCGGAGGUCAGAGGUCGGAGCGCAGGAAGUGGAUUCAUUGUUUUGAGAACGUGACGUCGAUCAUGUUCCUUGUCGCCUUAAGUGAAUAUGAUCAAGUUUUGGUAGAGUCCGACAACGAGAAUCGGAUGGAGGAAAGUAAAGCGCUGUUCAGGACGAUAAUCACGUACCCCUGGUUCCAGAACUCCUCCGUCAUCCUGUUCCUCAACAAGAAGGACUUGUUGGAGGAGAAGAUUAUGUACUCACAUCUAGUAGACUACUUUCCAGAAUUCGAUGGUCCACAGCGAGAUGCGCAGGCAGCGAGAGAAUUUAUCCUGAAGAUGUUUGUGGACUUGAAUCCGGACAGCGACAAGAUCAUCUAUUCCCACUUCACGUGUGCCACCGACACAGAAAACAUCCGGUUUGUUUUCGCAGCAGUCAAGGAUACGAUUCUGCAGCUCAAUCUGAAGGAAUAUAACCUGGUGUGAGUCCGAACCAACCGGGCACCACUUAGUACGCAUAUCAGGUAUCCUUACUCCGCCCUCCACUCCCUCCCAACAUGGGCGCACGGAAUGUCUGUCUGUACGUACGCAGCACUCAUUCCGUCCGCCCCUGGACUCAGCUAAGAUAUUUACACCGUGUCCUCCCGACGUUACGUCCGUGCGCGUACGUGUGGUUUGUACCUCACUUAAAACCGGUUUGUGGAGUGCUUUUGUGAAGGCUACAGGCACGGCCAUGCGAGCACCAGAUUCUACCACUCCCUCGGACGGGGGAGGGACAAACACCCCCUUUCUGCAGUGGACCAGUCUGGGUUAAACCAAGUCUGGCUGGGGGUGAGAAAGUUGUUUCCCGGCGUGAGUGCCGGUCUGUUCGCAUGGCCGCGGCCGACGUCUGUUCCUGGCUAGUGUGGACGAUACAUGUACAUACCAAAAUCUGCCCCCGACCUUUGGGCGGCCUUUGACCUUUGUCCUCUGUCCACACUUUGUUGCACGGCUUCACCCAUUCACAGUCAAGAUUAACCUCUGACCUGUAUAGACAAUUUUUAAAUAUGCGCAUAAAUUAUGUAUGUAAUUAAUUUAUGUCCCUGGGAUGUGUGAUGUAAGACUGUCACCCUCUGGCUUUUUUAAGGACGGAUUUUUCCCUGUAAAUGUGUUGUUCUUCGGUGCCCCCCUCCCCCUGUUAGGGACGGGGGCGGAGUGGUGUACUAGCACACCAUCCCAGUCUCCUAGAUAGUGCAAUAACUGUACCUGAUGUGGGGAGCCCUGGCUACCUGUUUUUGGCAAUGCCUCUGGGGCAGAGCUUUUAGUCUAUUGUUUCUGGGACCUGCUACUGUAGCACAUUUAGCCUAGUGAUUCUUGCGCCUGUACUCGCCAGAGGGUUGCCCUGGUAACCAUGGAUGAUUGACAUCGCAGUCUAGGGCAUUUUGAUCCAUUGUGGAAAGUAUGGGUAUCCAUGGUAACAGGUUUGUCUGGCCUGAUGAGAUUUUAACUUGCUUGUUACAGAGAUUUUUACUGUUGAAGUCGGCCGAUGACAGGACAUAAAACUGUAUGUAACUAAUGUUGAUUUUAGAACCUCCGUGUACUUUUUUUACCCUGAGCUGAAGUGCAGAGGAGGCUGUAGCUAGCUAGUUUGUUAACGCUUUCCCAGCAGUGAUUCGCUAUUGCCUAGGUAACCGCUGACUUAUCUGUUAUGUCGCAUCCGCAGGACUAGGGCAGAAUGUUGUCUCCUCACAGGAGGCUGCGACCCCCACACAGGGAUGGUAUCACCCAUUAUGACCUCAGGAGGACAGAACCACUAUGGUAUAUGGGGGGAUAGGUUCUUACCACACUUCUCACACUAACAGGUUCCCUUGUGAUGUACUUUACUGUAGCAGGCACUGAUUUUAUGUAGCCCAGAAAUUUAACAUUCCCUUCUAGCUGCACCCCCACUGCACUUGGACUAUUCUGCUGCAUCUUAUUAUACUCCAUAAAAAAUGGGAAAGUCCAUGUCGGAGAUGGGGGAGGCAGUGUGAAGGAUGUAAAGAAUAGUUUGUGGAAGAUAAAGCCCUCCUCCUCUGUGGGAUUGGACCGUACCACAGCCUUGGGGGAGGAAGGAACCACUAUCUGGAGAGGGACCAAAUUCUUGUGUGUUGCAAUAAUGAACUUUGACCUUCUGACUGAAUGUACUUAUUGACCUGGGGGUAGCGACCCCUCAGGAGAAGGAAACUAUGACCGUAGCUGCCUAGUUAUCCCUAACCCUAAUCCACGCCUUUAUUCAACCACUUUACUAAUCAGAAACUUUCAGUUGUAAGUAUUUUGUAAAGAAUGUCAAUGUACUAAACCUUUUUAAGCCAAGAUAUUCAAGUCGUGUUGAAUUCAAGACCACCUUUAUCGCGUUCUAAUGAUGUUAUGUCACGCAAAACCACCACUAGUGACCAACUAGCAUCCUUAGGAAUCAGUCAGAACCAGUUUAGACCAGUUACAACUUGUCAGAACCAGGUGCAUACUAUUAGAAUCAAUUACUAUAUGUUAGAGUCAGUUAUUUCCAGUCAAAACCAGUUACAGCCUGUCAAAACCAGUUAUAGCCAGAUAGAUCCAGUUUUUAACCACCCCAGCCUACAAGGUAGUACCACCCAUGUCAGUGUUGCCAGAAUACUGAAACUGUUCUGCAGAAGGAUGCUGGUUCCUAGUUGUGGGUUUGCUUGCCCCCCUCCCCACCCAUGUGCGCUGGUAACACUUGACAGCACGGUGCACAUAUCAAACUUCGGCACUUUUAACUCUUGCCAAACUUCAACCAACAUUUCGUUGUUAACAUAAACUGAUAAAUGUGUCACCACGGUGACCACUUGUUACCAUGCCAACGGUGGGGCGGGGGAUGGAUGUAUCGUCAUUGGUUGAGACGUAGCUAGGAGCCAUCGCCAAUGUGACAAGUGCCAAGUGUCAGACUUUUGCUGUAUGUUUUUAGCUGCUGUGUAGCAAAGCGUGUGCACAACAUUCUGCCCUUUCUGUGGGACGUUUCUCGUAGGACGGUAGGGUUUCCCUCUAGACGUCUGAAACGCCCCAAGACGUCUUGUAGAGUUAAAUGAAUCGAAAGAAAGAAAGACUCGGUGUCUUGUGUGGAAUGUGUGCAGCCCGCAAGUGCAAUUCUGAACCUGUGACUGGCAAGGGUGUCUGUUUGCUAGGCCCAGACAGGGGGGGUCCUCCAUCUGGGACCCAGAAAGGGGGUUCCUCCAGACAGGGGGUUCCUCAAGACGGGGGUCCUGAUAAGACAAGGGGGUUCUCCAUCUGGGGCCUGAAAGGGUUUCUUGCUGUAUGUAUAGGUUAUUUAUUAUCUAUUGGGAGAGUUUGCAACCACCUUGGCCCAAACAGGGCGACCCUGAAACUGCUCAAUCUUGGGCUCUGGUAGGGGGCUCUUGUAACUCUCUGGGGCUCUGAUAGGGGACUCCUGAAACUGUCUGGGAUUCUGACAGGGGAAUUAUGUAUGGCUGAUGCCUUCAACCAUGGGGCUGUGAUUGGGGAAUCCUGUAUGGCUGAUGGCUCCAACCCUGGGGCUCCUAUAGGGGAAUCCUGUAUUCUCCAUUUGUUCCUUUGUCUCAUUGUCGACACUCCAGCUCUUCAUGUAACCCCUCGGAGGCUCCGAUGAUGCCCCAGGCCUGUGGGCGAACUCUGCCGUUUCGUUAGUGCGGUAUUCGCUCCUGGCCUGUGGCGGGACUCCGCGGGGGGGCACACAGCGCGAUGUGUUGUCGGCAGACGGUCCGUCUGCAUUCUGCAUGUCAGACAGCACAGAGUAGAGUGGCUAAUAAAACUGAUGCUUUGGUUUCUC